AUUGUUAUUUCCUGCCUCAUCACUUCUUACAUAUUUGUAUGGCGAUAUGGAUUUGAGAGAGCAUUGAUUUGUCUUCUUUCAUUGCUUAAUAUGCAGUUGAAUAUGCGGAACAAGUCUGCAGCUAAAGAAUGUUAUUUAAGGACUGAAGUUUGUCUGGAAGCACUCAUGGAUGCUAUACGGCAGGAUGUUUCGGUGCUCACACUUCUUUCUGAAGUUCUAUGCCUUUUAGACAUGAUAGUUAACUCAUUUGCUCAUAUGAUUUCAACGAAACCUGUUGAUCGAUAUGUUAGACCUCAAUUCACUUAUGAUGGUCCAUUAGCAAUUGAUUCUGGAAGACACCCCAUUCUAGAAAGCAUUCACAACGAUUUCAUCCCGAAUAAUAUAUAUCUAUCUGAAGCAUCAAAUAUGGUAAUUGUGAUGGGGCCUAACAUGAGCGGGAAAAGUACAUACCUACAACAAGUAUGUCUGAUUGUCAUUCUUGCUCAAAUUGGAUGCUACGUACCAGCCCGCUUUGCCAAUUUGAGGGUCACCGAUCGUAUUUUCACACGGAUGGGAACUGUUGACUGUCUUGAACAUAACUCUAGCACAUUCAUGACAGAGAUGAAAGAGACCGCUUUCAUAAUGCAAAACAUCUCCCACAGAAGUCUUGUUGUGAUGGAUGAGUUGGGGAGGGCAACUUCUUCAUCUGAUGGAUUUGCAAUGGCUUGGAGCUGUUGCGAGCAGUUAUUGGCGCUAAAAGCGUAUACUAUAUUUGCUACCCAUAUGGAGAAUCUUUCAGAGCUUGCCACCCUUUACCCAAAUGUGAAAAUGCUUCAUUUUUAUGUUGAGGUGAAAAACAACCGAAUGGAUUUCAAGUUUCAACUGAAAGAUGGACAAUCUCAUGUCCCACAUUAUGGACUGAUGCUAGCAGGGGUGGCUGGGUUGCCAAGUUCAGUAAUUGAAACUGCCAAAAGAAUUACAUCAACAAUCACACAAAAGAAAACAAAGAGAAUGGAGGUGAACAGCCAGCAAUGCAGUGACAUUCAAUUGGUCUACCGUGUUGCGCAGCGACUGAUAUGCUUGAAGUAUUCCAACCAAGAUGAGAUUUCUUUGAGAGAAUCUUUACAGAGUCUCAAGGAGAGCUACAUAAGGGGAAGUGCUUAGAAACCAGUUGUAUUUAAAUCCAUCUCAAAUUCUGUUUCCAGCAUUGUGAUGAUGAAAAUUGAAAGGUCCACAUUUUCCCAUCC